AGUAAAUGCAAACUCUUAAGUAAAUAAAUUCAGGUCCACUUUGAUAUGAUGCACAAAAUCUGUAUGGCUUUUUUUCUUUCCUGGUAAUAUUUUGAUCUAUUGAAUCUAGAAAAGAGGGGAGAAGUUUAAUAUGCACAAAUACUCUCAAACAUGUUACAUACUAAGGAUUGGCACUGACUCAAAAAGAGGAACCAAAUAUUCCGCUUUGUUUUGUAAUUUUUUCUUUCUUUGUUAUUUUCCUGUUGUGCCUUAUAGUUUAAACAAUUUGAUGCUUAAUAGGAUCAAGAUUGUUAUGAGCUUUCAGCUGAGUAUGAAAGGAAGCAUAAGACUGAGAAGUUGGAGGAACUUGGGAAUAUGCUAACUGGUCUUGAUGCUGGGGAUUCUAUUGUCAUUGCCAAAUCAUUUUCCCACAUGCUUAAUUUGGCUAACUUGGCAGAAGAAGUUCAAAUUGCCUACCGAAAAAGGAUUAAGCUAUUAAAGAUGGGCGAUUUUGCUGAUGAGAACUCUGCCAUCACUGAAUCUGACAUUGAAGAAACCUUCAAGAGGCUUGUCACUGAACUGAAAAAGUCCCCACAGGAAGUGUUUGAUGCUUUGAAGGAGCAAACUGUAGAUUUGGUCCUAACUGCUCAUCCCACUCAGUCCGUUCGUCGAUCUCUGCUGCAAAAGCAUGGAAGGAUAAGGAUCUGUCUGACCCAGUAGUACGCGAAAGACAUAACACCGGAUGAUAAGCAGGAACUUGAUGAGGC